AUGGUUCAGCACAACGCGAUGAGAGCACUCCUUCCGAACGAAAUACUUAUUACAAUAGCAGGACAUCUUGAGCCGGAAGCAUGUUAUGCACUUCUUCAAGGGGUCCAUGGCCUGGAGGGAAUUCUCCCGAAGAAAGAAUUCCGGAGACAAGGAACAUGGAGCGGGAACACGAUCAUUCAUUUAGCUGCACAACGAGGUGACCUCCGAUUGACCAAAAGCCUCUAUUCCAGGGGUGUUGAUAUCCACCUCAAGAAUCGUCGUGGGAUCACUCCGUUAGCUGCAGCUUCUCGUCGCGGAAACCGGUCGCUCGUAGAGUUUCUUAUCUCUACCGGAGCAACGGUCAACGCACAGGAUAAGCGGGGAUUGACUGCCUUGCACAAUGCUGCGUACAAGGGAGCAGAUCGCGUCGUACAGAUCCUCCUUGAUGCCGGCGCUGAUCCUUUCUUGGAAGCGAACCACCGUGGCACAACUGCACUGGACUGGGCGUGUAAGAACGGGCAUCUCUCGACUGUGGCAUUGCUUUUUAACUGCCUUGAGAAACAUGAAGAGAUACCACCAGUUUGGGGAUCCGCCUUGGAGAUCGCAGCUAAAAACGGCCGCACGGCCGUUGUCCAGUUCCUGAUUGACUCUAAGUUUGAAAUAUCCGAUAGGGCUCUGCACCUAGCUGUGGGGUCUGGGAACGCCAGAACGGUGAAGCUUCUGCUCUCCCAUAAAGAUUUCUGCGAGAGGGUCAAAGAUGUCGCACUACCCCAAGCAGCGAUGCGGGGAUAUCAUUCCACAGCAAAAGCAUUGAUCAGCCUAGGGAUGAACAUUUCCAAUGAUGAUGGCCUUCUAGCCGCAUCACUCGGUCAAUCUGGGAGUGUCAAAAUUUUGCGGGCCCUUUCUCUGGUGGGUGUUGACUUCUCAAAGUCUAACAAUAGCAAGCCGGUGCUGCUUAGUUUUGCUGCUAGUCGGGGCAACACCGGAAUGGUUAAAUACCUUGCCCAUCUAGGAUGGUUGACGCCUGAUAUCGGCAUACAGGCACUAUCUGCCGCUACCCGUCGCGGGCAAUCUGCCGUGGCAAAGAUCUUCCUCGACCACGGGUUCAAGUUGGAUACAAAGGAUGAAGAAAACGCUAUCUCCGAGGCGUCGGAUGCCGGUCACCUCGAAAUUUUGAAAUUGUUUCCAGGCUCCGGGGCUUCAAUAUUGUCCCUUUAUCCUGCUAUUUGCCAACGUCAGGUCAGUCUUGUCGAGGAGAUUAUGAACUCGGGAAUUGAUACCUCUUCGCCCGACCGGAACCUUCAAAUGAAACUGCGAACCUGUCUAUGGCACGCUGUUCAGAAUGGAGAUACUGGGAUUGUGCGGCUCUUGCUAAACGCAGGUGUCUCGCCCGAAACACAGGGCUUUUGGCUGGACAAACCCUCUGCCCUCUACAGAGCAGCACAAAGGGGCCAUCUUGAAAUUGUCAAGUUGCUUGUGCAGGCUGGAGCAGAUGUCUGCCGUGAAAACCACGUGCUUUAUUCCCGGUUUCUUCAAGGUGCACACGGAUAUACCGCGCUAUACACUGCUACGACAUAUCGACAUCUGGCGGUGAUGAAGUAUCUAAUACACUCCGGAGCAUCAGUUUUCUUUCAAGGGGCAGAGGGCCACACGGUACUGCACGCUGCAGCACGAAGCCGAUGCUCCUUGACUGUUAGCCUGUUACUUGAGGCCGGUGCUGAUGUAUCCAUCGAAGCAUCCUGUGGUGGGACUCCUCUUCAUUACGCAGCGCAAUAUGGUCGCCUGCAAGCAGUUCAGAUACUGCUUCAUGCUGGGGCAGAUCCAUUAGCACGGAAUCGGAAUAGGCGAUCUCCUCGGGACCUGGCGAUGGAUUACGAUUAUGCAGAGGUAGCUGCGGUUCUUGAGGAAGCGGCUGACUAG